UCCUUUCCUUUUGUUAUCCAACAAUGGAUGUGGUUUUUGAGCCUCAGGGAGGAAAACCAUUCACCAUUGAAGUGGGUUUCUUCGACUCUGUCCUAGAGAUCAAAGAAAAGGUACAAAAAUACCAAGGCAUACCCAUUCACAAGCAAAUCCUAAUCUUCAAAGGCCAUGUCCUACAAGACGACCGCAAUGUGGAGCACUCCGAAAUCCUCCAAAACUCACACAUUCAGCUCGUUGUUACUCCCGAUUCCGAUAAAGCCACCGUCGAGAUAAUUGAGAACUACUCGCAGCCCAAGAAAAUCCAACUCAUCGUAAGGAUGCCGAUGUCCAAAGUUCACGUCCCUAUAGAAAUGGACGUAAACGACACGAUUGGACGGUUCAAGGAAAAGAUACAAGAAAUGGAAGCUGUACCAGCCAACAGGUUGGUGAUUCACUCAAGCGGUAUCGAAUUACAAGACCAUAUAUCCUUACGUGAUUAUGAACUUUCGGAUAAUUCAGAUAUCGAUGUCAGUUUUAAAGGGUCCCCAACUGCUGCUUUGACAGCAACACGAUCUGGGCCUACUACGACGGGUUCGAAGAAAUUAAAGCUAAUGGUGUUGCCAAAAUGUGGGACGAAGAAGAUUCCGGUAGAGGUGAAUGCAUCGGAUAAUGUUGGGGAGCUAAGGAAGGAGCUGCAGAAGUUGCAACAAAGGCUACACUUUCAUCUUCCUCCAGAGGGUUAUUUUUUCAUUUAUGAGCAGAAUGUGAUGGAUGAUGAUAGAUCAUUUCGGUGGCACCAUGUUGGGAAUGGAGAUACAAUUGAAAUCUUCAAUGGGAGUGUAACCGGCGGUUCAUAA